AUGCACGUACUCUUAAUAUCGUAUAUAUUCGUAAGAGAUGAGAGUAGGGAGAAGGGUGAUGAGAGUAGGGAGAAGGGUGAUGAGAGUAGGGAGAAGGGUGAUGAGAGUAGGGAGAAGGGAGAUGAGAGUAGGGAGAAGGGUGAUGAGAGUAGGGAGAAGGGUGAUGAGAGUAGGGAGAAGGGAGAUGAGAGUAGGGAGAAGGGUGAUGAGAGUAGGGAGAAGGGAGAUGAGAGUAGGGAGAAGGGUGAUGAGAGUAGGGAGAAGGGUGAUGAGUGUAGGGAGAAGGAUGAUGAGAGUAGGGAGAAGGGAGAUGAGAGUAGGUAA